AUGCGCGCUGUGUGGUGCGUCAUGAAAGCGAGCUGUGCGGACAGAGUUGAACAGAAAAUUGAGUGGCUGCACCGGCUGGAAUGGCUACUCGUCAGGCUGAACCCUAUGGAGUCGAACCAUCCUACGCGUCAUGCCCUACUUGAGGCGAGGGUUCUGGAGCUCUGCCUGGGCUGUCUGCGCGACAAUCAGGAUGAUGCUGGUUUGUGCGUCUCCGCCCUUGCGAUCCUAGUACACAUGUCUCUAAACGAUGAAACCUCAAAGAAACUCGCCAGCUCACAUGGCCUGGAGGACAUCGCGAUUUUGCUGAAGAAGUACUACAGGCGUUGCCAGGAGCGAGAACCAGCGCAACCACAAGCAGCACAAAGCGGCUGUCCAGAGCAAGGCGAAACGUCGGACGGAAGCGACCCAAAGGGUAGCAGCUCGCCUGCGGGAGACAGCGAUGCGACAGGAGCAUCUGCCAAGGGCCUGGCUCCAGCUCAGAAUACAGAAGUGGGCGCAGCCGGAGGGCCCAAAGAAGAACGGGAACAAGCGAGCGAUGACAACAAAAAGUCGGACUCCGCUGGUGCCUCUAUGACAGAGAACCUACAGACUGACGAAGGCCAACUUCUUGCGGUUGAGUUGGUCACCCUCGUCUGGCGGCUGAUCUUUGCUACUAGCUUGGACGGCGACGAGUACGCGCAGAAGUGGAUAAAGGCUGGUGCGGCCGAACCAGCAAUCGACAGUGUAGCAUCCGACCUGGAUGUUUUCUGUUCGGCCACCUACGUCUGCUGGGUGUUUGGUGCUUUGCGUUUCCUUCCUCUUGACAACGCUGAGUUGUGCGAGGACUUCGUUCGACGUCGACAGCUAUUUCAGUGGACUCUAAAGAAAAUGGAAAUGCAUCACGAAGAACCACUCGUACUCGAAAAUGGCUUCGCCGUCCUAGCCAACUACCAGCGCGCUCAACCCGCUCACGCAGAAAUCCUGUCUAAACUUCCAGACGUGUGGACGAAAUGUCUUUCGUGGCUCAACACGGAUAAAAUGAUGCGAGUCCCUGACGUCGUCUACCAAGGCCUGUACACCGUGGGCCUGGCCUGCUCAUACUGUCCGGAGGCCUGCGCGAAUCUACGAGAUGCGAAAGGCAUCGAGUUCGCGGAUAAGGUUGUUGAGGCGUAUGGGGAAAACAUGAAUUCAGAAGUAUCUUCGGCGUCGUCUGCUUGGACCGAAGGAACUGGGGGAUCAUCUAACGACAAAUACGCGAAUGUCCUUCAAUUUGCGGAGGGACUUAGACGCCUUCUCCAGCCCGUGCCCCUCUCGGCCGCAGAUAUAGCGGCUAUCUGUCAAGAGCCCAUCCAAGAAGCUGACGAGGAGGAUUCUGAUGAAGAGAAGAGGAAUGCAUCCAGGGAGCUAGACCAAGGACCACGGUCGGAAGCUACCGCAGUUAAGAGCGACGCAUGUCAUCAGGAUCCGGCAGCGGCACAAGACUGCGUAGGGCCGCAGUCGCCGACGUCUCCGACGCCGGUCGAAACAGUCGAGAACACUGAGUGUGUAGUAGAUCGUCUGACAGAUGGAAACACCGAACACAAUAUCCAGUCAACAAAAUCCAGCGAGAUGAUUCCGUUGCCAAUCCUGACGCUGCGUACGCGGUCUGUGACACACGACAGUGACGGCAUGUCUGCCGAAAAGGUAACACCUGAGCUGCUGUCUCUGCCGGUCUCUGAAGCGGGCCAAGGAACCCCUGAGGGGACACUGCCAGCGCUUACCCCUGACGAAGGACAAUCUCCGGCGCGAGCGUCUCCAGGGUUGACGAGCUUCGCAAAUGCGAAGGCUACUCCCAUUGUCUCUGUGGAGCAGCUACCGGCUAUGAGUGAUGCAGGACAACUGAUGGAGAAAGAUGUGGCAAGCUGUUCGAUGCCGGCAGGGUCUGUAUUGGGCGCUGCCCCACCAAGUGAAGCUGAAACGACAGGCGAUUUAACCUCUCCUGAGCUGUCCUGUGCUUCUCCUGAUCCCGCUGUUGAAAUGCCUGAGCAACAGCCCCAAGCGACUGCGGCGCUUUAA